AACGGCUACUUCUACAUGGUAAUAACUGCACAAGAACCCAUAAUCCCGCCGCUCCAGAGAUGGGUCUCCUCUCACCUUGCGUCCGUUUCCCUCCGCCAGAAAAGCUUCCUUCUUGUGGUGCUCGCGGCGGCGGGGGUCUGCCUGGCGCAGGACGGCGUCCCGUGCGAUGUGGCCAUUUCUGACCAGUGCCCCGCUGAGGACGGCCAGCAGCCGACCUAUUUCCCUGAUCCUGAGGACUGUGCUAGUUAUUGUGAAUGCUCAGGAGGCAUUGCGUGGCACUUGGAAUGUGGUCCGGGAACCCUUUGGAAUGACGAGAAGGAUUUGUGUGACUGGGCUGACACUGUGGACUGCGGCCUCCGUCCUCAUCCUACAGAGGCCCCACCAGUGUCUUCCGAAGAGCCUUAGAUGAAUAAAUUUCUGCCUUGACACCAGCCGAAGAAAAUGAGAAAUUGACAAACUUCAAAAGGAAAUUUUAACUGAAUUUAUGUAUCCGAAUACUGUCAUGAAUUGCCAGAAGACAUCCUUGAAAGAAAUACAUGUUUUUUUUUCAUAAAUACAUAUUUUUUUCAUAACCUAUUCAGGAACUAGCGUCUUUAGCAAUGUAACAUCCACCGCUCACCCUUUUAUACUUGCAUAUAGGAAAUUCCAGAUCUAUUUUUGUUGGGGGGGGGGGGGAAGGAAAAGUCAUUAACGGAAAUGUACGAAUUUUAGUCUUCUCUGACUUUGCAGUUGGCUUUUCCCAUUUUUGCCUCACAGACUUUAUACUGAUGAUGCUGAAAACAUUUUAGGUUACAGAAGCGACCUUCCCUGACGCCAGCAAAGCGUCCUUUUUGAGGGAGGAGCACAUCUAUGAAAUAAAAAAAAAAAACGAAUUUUCUGCAAUCAUGAACUCAGAACUAAAACAAAAUCGAAUGCUCAAGCAUUCCAUAGGAAUGAAUGGAAUAACGGUGUAAAAACGUAGUUCUGUGUUUUUGUGUUUUCUAUGUGAAAUGGUGAAAUUAAUGUACUAUAUUUGAAAGACCAAUACGAAUAAAAAUAUAUAUCUGCAGAUU